AUGAACGAUGCGCUCCUGUGCAAAUAUGCAUACAAGCCAUGUGCAAACCCGCGGGUGGCGAAGAAGGACGGAGAUCUCCACCGCCUCUGCGAGUACCACCGCGACAAGGCCAACGCGAUCCAGAAAAUCUACGCCACGCGCCGCCGACGCGAGCGCCGCGCCGAAAGACGGCGCGCUCUCAUGCAGAAACUGCUCGGCAACAUUGAACCUGUCCCGUUCGACCCCGACACGCAGCGACCGGUGCGAACAAGGACGACGACGUUCGACUACGACCAGGACAUUCUAGACGCUGAAAUGGCCGGGUUGUUGGAUUGGGACGACGCGCACGUGAAUCACAUCAUGGACGACGACGACCUGUCGUCGACAUCGUCGACGCUUUCGUCGGCGCGGCGUAAUUUAAACACGAAUGCACUGAGCAUGCAAUGCUGGCGCCUCAUGGUCCUCACAACCAUGCAGCUGCGUUCGUUGAAAAGACGAGCGGGAGUCGGUGGGGCCGUCCUCAACGAUCUUGCUCGCCUUCCGGGAUCCAAGAAACGAGCACGAGAACGCAAGCCGUACGGAACGCGAAGUCGACCGGCGCACAGCGUCGACAAGCGAGUCGUACAGUUUGUGGCAUUGGACGAGUGUGGAGUUGCAUUCUUGAUAUUGCCCCGAUCGCUUCCCAUGGACGAGUCGUUGUGCAAGUAUGCGUACAAGCCGUGCCAGAACCCCCGCGUCGCCAAGAAAGACGGGGGCCUCCAUCGCUUGUGCGCGUUCCAUCGGGAUAAGGCCAACGCGGUCCAGAAAAUCUACGCGACCCGUCGGCGACGCGAGCGCUGCGCCGAGAGGCGCGCCAAUCUCGUCCAAACGCUUCUGGAUAACAUCGAACCUUUUCCGUUUGACAGACAGACCGACCAACUGACCCAAGACGAGCGAUCCAGGUUGGAAGCGGAGCUGGCUGCACUGCUCGAAGAUGACGGCAACGCUGCGGAAGACGAUGUCGACGACGUCUCUAUCGCGCCGUGGUCGCAAGAGUAUCCCGACGACCGACUUAGCAAGCUGUUAUAA